UCUCCAGCAACUGACAGAUCACCGCGGUCUAAUUCUUCGCUGUCGCCUCGCUACUCUUCACGUUCACCAACAUCUUCGUCAUACAAACGACGGGUUUAUCAUCACCACACGGGUGAUACAGAUCGGGGCGCGUUGAAUAAACGCUCGAAUAUUCAUGGCCCGAUUGCUGCUGGAGGUGAUCAGAUCCGUGACCCGUGGGAUCGUAGUCGUGUGAAACGAGGCAGAAGUCAUGAGUUGGCAUCAACAACGCUGGGAUCGGUGCUACAGAAGGCACGAAGACGAGACGAACUGAGAGGUAAAGGAUCGAAACGAGGUCAUGGGAUGGAUAGUGAAGAGGAUGGCAGUCCGAUUAGCAGUGUGUCGAGGUGA